AUGCACGCCCUCAAGGCCUGCGCCUCUACGGCGAUACGACACGCUUCCCGUAGAGGUUAUGCUACUGUAUCUUCGUUUUCAGCUUAUGGCCAGACUAUUCCGAACCUGAGAAUCAAUUCUGAGACAAAAGUGAUCUUCCAGGGGUUCACAGGUAAUUUCAUGACUUGCUUCAGGUUCCACGCACAGCAAGCAAUUGAAUACGGCACAAAAGUCGUUGGAGGAACCAAUCCUAAGAAAGCUGGCUCUACUCAUCUGGACCUUCCUGUCUUCAAGAAUGUCUCCGAUGCAGUGAAAGAGACGGGUGCCGACGCAACAGCAAUCUUUGUGCCUCCACCGUUGGCUGCUGCUGGUAUCGAGGAAGCUAUUGCCGCUGAGAUCCCUCUGGUAGUUUGCAUCACUGAAGGAAUUCCUCAACAUGACAUGAUCCGAGUUACAAACAUUCUCAAGACUCAAAGCAAGACUCGCCUUGUUGGACCCAACUGCCCCGGUAUCAUUGCGCCAGGACAAUGCAAGAUUGGUAUCAUGCCUGGCUUUAUCCACAAGCGAGGACGCGUAGGCAUCGUGUCACGAUCGGGCACCUUGACUUACGAGGCGGUUAAUCAGACAACACAAGCAGGCCUUGGACAGUCUCUGGUUAUUGGAAUUGGAGGUGACCCAUUCGCUGGAACCAAUUUCAUCGACUCGCUAAAGGUUUUCCUUGAAGACGAAGAAACUGAGGGCAUCAUCAUGAUCGGCGAGAUCGGUGGCAGUGCAGAGGAGGACGCAGCAGACUUCCUGAAGAGUGAAAACAAACAGAACAAACCGGUUGUUAGCUUCAUUGCCGGUAUCAGCGCUCCUCCCGGACGACGAAUGGGCCACGCCGGUGCUAUUGUCAGUGGUGGGAAAGGUGGUGCGGACUCCAAGAUUGCCGCACUGGAGGCUGCUGGUGUUGUGGUCCAGCGAAGUCCGGCCUUGCUGGGCAAGUCGCUGCAUGAGCAAUUUGUGAGCCGUGAUCUCCUUUAA